GCGCCAUAGUGACUGUAGCCGUGGAGACUGUUACUUACCAACCGGAGACACAAGAGCAGCGGUGGCCGGAGGAGAAACCCGGGGACCGCGGGGCUACAACUAAAAACGCGCACCUUUACCGCACAGUGAGCCGGAGACAGGAACCAGGAUGCAGAAUUCGGACAGUGGCUCAGACUCGGCGACAUCUGUCGCCCUGAGGACAUCUGCAUCUGCACAAGCCCCAGUGGUCCAGCCAGUUCCUGCCUCCCAGCAGAGGAGUUUGUCUCAGGCGUCUGGCUCUGCUCCCAAAGGAGCACGUGGUCAGGGUAUCUCUGUGCCCAGGGCCAGCCAAUUACAGCAGCAGGUUCAAACUGUCCAGCAUGUCUACCCAACUCAAGUGCAAUAUGUGGAAGGGGAUACCGUUUACACAAACGGAGCCAUCCGCACUGCUUAUUCUUACAAUACUGAAGCACAGAUCUAUGCUCCCAGCAGUGGUGCCUCUUAUUUUGACUCUCAAGGUGGAGGGGCCCAGGUGACCACUGUUGUUUCCACCCCUACUGCUAUUCCAUCCCACAGUAUGGUGGGUAUCACUAUGGAUGUGAGCGGGAGCCAAAUAUUGUCUAGCUCUGGAGCCUACCUUAUUCAUGGGGGGUUGGACAGCUCCCGCCAUGCUCUGUCUCACACGUCGCGCUCUUCUCCUGCCACGCUUGAAAUGGCGAUUGAAAAUCUCCAAAAAAAUGAAGGCAUCACCUCUCACAAAAGCAGCUUGCUCAACAGCCAUCUACAAUGGUUGCUUGAUAACUACGAGACUGCGGAAGGUGUGAGCCUCCCACGAAGUUCCCUUUACAACCACUACCUUCGGCAUUGCCAGGAGCACAAGCUGGACCCCGUUAAUGCUGCGUCCUUUGGCAAACUCAUCCGCUCGGUGUUCAUGGGUUUGCGGACACGGCGUCUCGGCACCAGAGGAAACUCUAAAUACCAUUAUUAUGGCAUCCGGCUAAAGCCAGAUUCUCCCUUGAACCGUCUUCAAGAAGAUACUCAAUACAUGGCAAUGAGGCAGCAACCCAUUCACCAAAAGCAAAGAUACAGGCCGACACAGAAGAUGGAUGGCAUGAGUGACAAUACUAGUAACAGUAGCCAGCAUACCUCUCCGGAGCAAUCCGUGGCAGCUCAGAGCCAGCAUCACCAGCAGUUCAUAGAUAUGUCCCAUGUUUUCCCGGAUUUCCCUGCGAUAGAUCUUGGUGCUGUGCUCUUGCCAGAUGGCGUCACCAUGGCAGACAUUAAGAAUCUGCAGCUUAUGUACCGGAGGCACUGUGAGGCAACUCUGGAUGUGGUAAUGAAUCUGCAGUUUCAGUACAUUGAAAAACUGUGGCAAGCAUUCUGGAACUCCAAGCCAUCUUCUCCCGAUGGGACUAACUCCAUGACCAGUGAGGAGGAGCAAGAGGCAAUCAUCCCUAAAGACACGCUGAUGGUGCUUUGUAAAUAUGAACCCAUUAUGAGGUGGAUGAGGAGCUGUGACCACAUCCUUUACCAAGCUUUAGUGGAGAUUCUCAUCCCAGACGUUCUGAGACCUGUCCCUAGUACACUGACACAAGCAAUCAGAAACUUUGCAAAAAGCCUAGAAGGAUGGUUGACAAAUGCGAUGAGUGACUUUCCCCAACAGAUUGUCCAAGCAAAGGUUGGGGUUGUUAGUGCAUUCGCCCAGACACUACGCCGCUACACUUCUUUAAAUCACCUGGCACAAGCAGCCCGGGCAGUUCUUCAGAAUACGUCUCAAAUAAAUCAGAUGCUCAGUGACCUCAACCGUGUGGACUUUGCCAAUGUGCAGGAGCAGGCUUCGUGGGUAUGUCAAUGUGAGGAAGGUAUGGUGCAGAAGCUGGAGCAAGACUUUAAACUAACCUUGCAGCAACAGAGCUCAUUGGACCAGUGGGCAAACUGGUUGGAUAAUGUGGUUACUCAAGUGCUAAAGCCACAUGAAGGAAGUCCAAGCUUUCCAAAGGCUGCCAGACAGUUCCUCCUCAAGUGGUCAUUCUACAGUUCAAUGGUGAUCAGAGAUCUUACCUUACGCAGUGCCGCCAGCUUUGGAUCCUUUCAUCUCAUACGCUUACUAUAUGAUGAAUAUAUGUUCUAUCUGGUAGAACACAGGGUUGCCCAGGCAACAGGUGAAACGCCCAUUGCAGUGAUGGGAGAGUUCAGUGACCUGGCUUCUAUGUCUCCUGUUUUAAUGGACAAAGAUGAUGUCAGCGACCUGGGCAGUGAUACAGAUGGAGACCAUCGUGCUUCUGGAGAGCCUCCUGUCAAGAGAGAGCGUGUGGAUCUCAACCACUCCCUGCAGGAAAUCUAGAAGAAUGAAAUAUAUUCAUGUAUCCCAGUGCUCCUGCAUAGUUGGAUCCUAUUGCCUCUGAUGUGGCCUGCCUUCAUAAUAGCAAUCCUGAAAAUGAGUGCCUCUAACAUCUGAUGCCCACACACCAUGUCUAAAGAAGGAGUGGUAUGGACAGUGGAGAAAGGAGUAUGGUUGGGAAUAUCUUACCAUAUGUACCCCUGACAAUCACACUCCACCUUUUAUGUGCCACAUUGUGACUGUGUCCACUGCUCAUUAAUGUACAUACAUCAAAAUGUGGCUUGUUCAUGUUUUUAAUAACCGCUGUAUUUUAAUAACGAUUUUUUUGUUUUAAUACUUAUGGUAAACUCA